CCACUUCAAAUUCAAUCCUCAAAUUUCAAUUCAAAUUUGUUUCUCGGCGAUAUACGUUGAAUCCAGCAAUGUCGCUGAGGCCCAACGCUCGCGCGGAGCUCCGCCGCAACAGGUACAAGGUGGCCGUCGAUGCAGACGAGGGCCGCCGCCGCAGGGAGGACAAUAUGGUCGAGAUUCGCAAGAGCCGCCGCGAGGAGAAUCUCCAGAAGAAGCGCCGCGAGGGCAUCCAGCAGUUCUCCGUCCCCGUUGAAGCCACCACCGGCCCCGAGAAAAAGGUGCAGUUAGAAAAUCUACCAGCAAUGGUUCAAAGUGUUUGGACUGAAGAUCCAAGCCAACAACUUGAUGCGACGACCCAGUUUCGUAAAUUGCUCUCUAUAGAACGCUGCCCUCCUAUCCAGGAGGUUAUUCAAGCUGGUGUUGUUCCUCGCUUUGUUCAAUUUUUGACAAGGGAGGACUUUCCACAACUUCAGUUUGAAGCAGCUUGGGCUCUGACAAAUAUUGCUUCUGGUACAUCUGAACACACGAAGGUGGUAAUGGAUCACGGAGCAGUUCCAAUAUUUGUCAAGCUUCUUGGUUCUCCGAGUGAUGAUGUUCGGGAACAGGCAGUUUGGGCUCUGGGAAAUGUAGCUGGUGAUUCCCCCACAUGCCGAGACCUUGUCCUUGGUUAUGGAGCUUUGGGUCCUUUGCUAGCUCAGUUGAAUGAACAUGCCAAGCUGUCCAUGCUCAGAAAUGCUACCUGGACUUUAUCAAAUUUUUGCCGAGGCAAGCCACAGCCAAAGUUUGAACAGACAAGCCCCGCACUUCCAAUUCUCAGACAACUUAUAGGCUCAACUGAUGAGGAAGUUUUGACUGAUGCGUGCUGGGCCCUCUCUUAUCUCUCGGAUGGUAGCAAUGACAAAAUUCAAGCUGUGAUAGACUCUGGAGUCUGCCCUCGUUUGGUUGAGUUGUUGCUCCAUCCAUCACCCUCUGUUCUCAUCCCUGCCCUUCGCACCGUUGGAAAUAUUGUCACAGGUGAUGAUAUGCAAACUCAGUUUAUCAUCAGCAAUGGCGCACUACCCUCUCUUCUUAACCUCUUGAAUGGUAGCUAUAAGAAAAGCAUUAAAAAGGAAGCUUGCUGGACUAUUUCCAACAUCACUGCUGGAAACAAAGGGCAAAUUCAGGCUGUCAUUGAAGCCAACAUUAUUGGACCACUUGUCCAAUUGCUGCUAAAUGCUGAAUUUGAUGUUAAAAAAGAGGCUGCAUGGGCCUUGUCAAAUGCCACGUCUGGUGGUACUCAUGAGCAAAUAAAGUACCUUGUAAGUCAAAAUUGCAUUAAGCCUCUAUGCGAUUUGCUUAUAUGCCCCGACCCAAGGAUCGUCACAGUAUGUUUGGAAGGUCUCGAAAACAUUCUGAAAGUAGGGGAAGCUGAGAAGAAUUUAGGUCUGACAGGGGCAGGAGAUGCCAACCUGUUUGCUCAAAUGAUUGAUGAUGCUGAAGGUCUUGAAAAAAUUGAGAACUUGCAGAGUCAUGACAACAAUGAGAUAUAUGAGAAGGCCGUGAAGAUACUUGAGACAUAUUGGUUGGAGGAUGAUGAUGAGCCAGCCCCACCGGGCGACCCAGCCCAGCCAGGCUUCCAAUUCGGAGGGGCUGACGUCAAUGUCCCGGCUGGUGGGUUCAACUUCAACUAAAUGUUGGCUUAUGGCUCUGCCAAUAUUGAAACAGAGGCAGAUAUUAAACUUAUUGCUAUUAAGUGGCAAUGGAUAUUUUUUUCCCAAAAGAUAUAUGAUACCUACCUAGCCUGUUAGGUAGUGAACUUGUUUCUUCUACGUUGUAGUGUAUGAUCAAAUUUGUCGGUUGGAAAUUAUUUAUUUGGUCACGCAAACUUUAUCGCCUUUCAGUUUACAAAAUUAUGUACUUUUUUUUUCA